AUGGCAUCCCUUCAUCAUCUUCCUUGUCUUCUCCUUUCUCUGUGGCUCACCCAAUUUCCUGCAGGAUUUGCCUCCGAUGCAUCUAUUAUAGCCACUCUCAUAAACCCUUUGAGUUGCUCUGCAAAAAUCAUGACAUGUAAUGCCUCACUGUACCACAUCAACAUCAGUCUGAACAAAGAACAAAUUGCCUCUUUCUACUCUGUCUUUCCAUCGGAGGUCAAUCCUAUAAAACACAACAGCAAACAAGAUUACCUCAUAAGUGUGCCUUGUUCUUGCAAAAACAUAUUUGGCACUGUUGGAUAUUUCUAUGAUACAACCUACAAAGUGAAGCCAUCAGACACAUUUUAUGAUGUCUCCAAUCAAAUUUACAGCGGCCAACCUUUGUCUGUCAAAGAAGAGCUACCAAAAUUCGUUCCAGAAGCCAACUUUCCCAUUCAUCUUCCGUGUGGUUGUGUAGAAAGUGACUCUCAGAUUGUGGUAACAUAUACAGUUCAGGAGCAUGAUACACUGUUGGAUAUUGGAACUCUGCUGUCUGCCAAAAUUGAUAACAUAGAAAACAUGAACAAAAAUAUGACUGAGAACCCUUCAUUCAUAGUUGUGGGUUGGGUGUUGUUUGUUCCCAUGGAAAAGAAUGGACUUAAAACAUCAAAAACAGGAAUCAGACACAAGUGGAUGAUACUGAUUGGCAUAACAUUAGCUGUGACAUUACUUUCAAUCAGCACACUGAUCCUUCUCCUUUAUAGGAGACGAACACCAGAAAAAAAUGUGGAACUUCCAAAUAAAUCUGUGUCCAGAAGCUCCAAAAGCUUGGCUGUCCAUAGAUCUUUUUCCUUGCAUAAUCAGUUACUUCAUAAAGAAAACAUGGAAGAUGGGCCAGUUUUUGAAUCAGACGGACUGCUAAUAUUUGGUGUUGAGCAGAUUGAAGAGGCUACCGGUUACUUUGAUGAAACUAAGAAAAUUGGAGAGGGUGGAUAUGGUAGUGUGUACUUUGGAGUAAUAGGGGAGAAGGAGGUUGCCGUAAAGAAGAUGAGAUCGAAUAGUACCAAAGAGUUCUUUGCAGAGCUAAAAGUCUUAUGCAAGAUCCAUCAUAUUAACGUGGUGGAGCUUUUGGGGUAUGCAAGUGGAGAUGACCACCUCUACCUGGUGUAUGAGUAUGUUCAGAAUGGAUCACUGAGUGAACAUCUUCACAAUCCAUUACUUAAAGGUCACCAGCCACUCUCUUGGACUGCAAGAACACAAAUUGCACUGGAUGCUGCGAAAGGUAUUGAAUACAUUCACGACCACACAAAAGCCCGAUACGUGCACCGUGAUAUAAAGACAAGCAAUAUUCUACUUGAUGAGGGGCUCAGGGCAAAGGUGGCAGAUUUUGGUUUGGCAAAGCUUGUUGGAAGAACCAAUGAGGAAGACAUUAUAGCAACAAGGUUGGUUGGAACACCAGGCUAUCUUCCCCCAGAAUCUGUCAAGGAGCUCCAGGUGACUCACAAAACUGAUGUAUUUGCAUUCGGAGUGGUGCUAGCAGAGCUGAUCACAGGGCAACGUGCACUUUUCCGUGACAACUGUGAGCCUGAGAAGAUGAAAUCUUUAAUUACAGUUAUUAAGAAGAUAUUCCAAGAGGAGGACCCAGAAUCAGCUUUAGAGGCUGCCACAGAUGGAAAUCUCCGGAGCAACUAUCCCAUGGAAGACAUAUUCAAGAUGGCAGAGAUUGCUGAGUGGUGUUUGAGUGAAGAAGCAGUGGAGAGGCCAGAAAUGCGGGAGAUUGUUGUGAUGCUCUCACAGAUUAUGGUAUCUUCAAUUGAAUGGGAAGCAUCGCUUGGUGGGAAUAGCCAAGUUUUCAGUGGUGUAUUUAAUGGAAGAUGA